AAAUGUAAAGUUUGGGUACUUACGUUCAUGUCAAGAGAACGUAAAAUAGGCCCAAGUUAAGUAGGGUAAUCGAGGCCCAUGAGUCUGUAAAAACCCAAAACCACAUAAACCCUGCGAAAUUGGCCGCGGUUGCUGCAGUCGCCGGCGGCAGAAAUGGGGAAGAAGAACAAGAGAAGUCAAGACGAGCCUGAGCUCGAACCGGAGCCCGAGCUUACAAAAAUAGUCGAGGAAGACUCUAAAAAGAAGAAGAAGAAGAAGAAAAGCCAUGGAGACCCGGAGCAAAAGAUGAGUCUCGACGGAGACGCGAAGAAGGAGAAAAAGAAGAAGAAGAAAAGCCAAGAGGAGGAGGAGCCAAAGCUUGAGCUGGAGCAAUCGAAAAUUCAAGAAGAGGAGAAGCCAAAUGUAGAAGACGGCAGAGCUACUGUCAGCAUAGCCAUAGCUGGUUCAAUCAUCCACAACACUCAAUCACUCGAGCUCGCCACACGUCUCGCCGGCCAAAUCGCUCGUGCAGCCACAAUUUUCCGAAUCGACGAGAUUGUAGUGUUCGACAAUAAGAGCAGCUCAGAAAUCGAACAUGCUGCUAUGAAUUCUUCUGAUAACAAUGAAAGUGGUGCCUCCUUUCUAGUUCGUAUCUUGAAGUAUUUAGAGACACCACAGUAUUUGAGGAAAUCUCUUUUCCCCAAGCAGAAUGAUCUUAGAUAUGUGGGUAUGUUGCCACCUCUUGAUGCUCCUCACCAUCUGCGUAAGCACGAGUGGGAACAAUACCGUGAAGGUGUGACGCUGAGUGAAAAGGCUCCAAACUCUGAGGGUACGAUGGUUGAUGUGGGUUUAAGCAAGAGUGUUGUUGUCGAUAAAGUGCUUAGUCCAGGAGUUAGAGUCACAGUAGCCAUGGGAACCAACCACGAUUUAGAUUUGGUACGCCAGAUUGUUGAGCCCUCUAAGCCAAGGGAAGAAGCAGGAAUGUAUUGGGGAUACAAAGUACGAUAUGCAUCACAAUUAAGUUCCGUAUUCAAGGAAUGCCCUUUCCAGGGUGGUUAUGAUUAUUUGAUUGGUACCUCGGAGCACGGCCUGGUAAUUAGUUCAUCAGAGCUGAAAAUACCGACAUUUAGACAUCUAUUGAUUGCAUUUGGUGGACUUGCUGGGCUCGAAGAAAGUAUUGAAGAUGAUAAUCAGUAUAAGGGGAAAAACGUUCGAGAUGUGUUUAAUAUAUACUUGAAUACUUGCCCACAUCAAGGAAGCCGAACCAUUAGAGCAGAGGAAGCAAUGUUUAUUUCCCUUCAGUACUUCCAGGAACCUAUCAGCAGGGCAGUGAGAAGAGUUUAAGGUUUGAAAAAAGAGUCAAAGAAGCUAUUGUUCUCAUAGAAUUGAGUUCUUUUCUAUUUGAAGAAGAGUGGUGGGUGUAAUGUAACUGAUGUUUUACAAAUUUGAACCAAGUUUAUUCUUGUACUAUCUCAAUUUUGGGUUAUUGAAAUACUCAUCCAAUAGUGAGUGGCACUCUAAAAUGUAUGUACCCAACUGUACCAUACAUGAAAUUAAAAUUCUAGUAUUGUCAAACC